UUGGACCAAUACAAUUACAAAGUUAGGAAAUUGGCGAGAGUCAUUUGCGCCACGGAGACUCAUCAUCGUUGAGAUAGAGAAAGAGAGGGAGAGAUUCCGCAAACUCUUCGGCAACCCUCCGGUGACUCCGCCGUCGUCAUCCUCGGCCAAACCGGAGAGCCCCUGCCGUGCUCUGCCGUUCAAUCAUGGAAGGCCAGAGUCCAAGACAUAGACAGAUCAUCGAAAUAGAUGCCCACCUUGCUUCAGAUAGCAAUAACAAUGUUGGGGGAUACAAGAUAUGUGCAGAGGCACCCUGUGGCUUCUCUGAUGCACUAAGCAGUAAUUCCGAAGAGGCCAAAGAACGAACAGCUUCGAUGCGGAAGCUCCUGAUGGCAGUGGCAUUCUGUGUGCUUUUCAUGGCUGUUGAAGUUGUUGGAGGGAUCAAAGCUAAUAGUUUAGCAAUAUUGACGGAUGCUGCACAUCUGCUUUCUGAUGUCGCGGCAUUUGCCAUCUCGUUGUUCUCGCUGUGGGCUGCUAGUUGGGAAGCCACUCCACGUCAGUCGUAUGGUUUUUUCAGAAUCGAGAUUCUUGGCGCGCUGGUGUCGAUGCAGAUCAUAUGGUUGCUCACUGGGAUAAUCGUGUAUGAAGCGAUUGUUAGGCUCGUUUAUAACACAGGUGAGGUGGAUGGCUUCCUGAUGUUUUUGGUUGCAGCAUUUGGUCUGGUGGUGAAUAUUAUCAUGGCGUUUUUGCUGGGUCAUGAUCACGGUCACAGCCAUGGCCAUGAUCACGGUCACAGCCAUGGCCAUGAUCACGGGCACGGCCAUGGUCAUGAUCAGGGCCACAGUCACGGCCAUGGUCAUCAUGACCAUGAUCACAGUCAUGAAGAUCAUCAUGAUCAUUUAGAAGAAGGGCACCAACAUGUUGAUGAAGAGAGUGCAAAGCCACUGCUGGACAAGAAGGAAAAGGGAGAGAAGAAACAGAAGAAAAAGAACAUAAAUGUCGAGGGAGCUUAUCUUCACGUCCUUGGGGAUUCCAUCCAGAGCAUAGGAGUAAUGAUUGGAGGAGCAGUCAUAUGGUACAAGCCUGAAUGGAAGAUAGUUGAUCUAAUAUGCACCCUAGCCUUCUCAGUUAUAGUUAUGGGCACGACGAUCAAGAUGUUGAGAAGUGUUCUGGACGUCUUGAUGGAGAGCACACCAAGAGAGGUUGAUGCAACAAAGGUUGAGAAGGGGAUUCUGGAGAUGGAAGAAGUGGUGGCCAUCCAUGAGCUGCAUAUAUGGGCCAUCACGGUUGGGAAGAUCCUCUUGGCUUGUCAUGUCAAAAUCAGGCCCGAAGCGAACGCUGACGUGGUGCUGGACAAUGUUAUAAACUACAUCAAGAGGGAAUACAACAUUAGCCAUGUCACAAUCCAGAUAGAGCGUUAAUGGUGGAAGGGAAUCAAUUCAGCUCACCUGUUGUCUUGUUUGUAAGAUUUGAGCUUUGAAGACCCAUGUUUUGAGUAAAAUGCAGGCCUUGCAAUGCUUCAGAAAUGAAGGAAGCUCUAUGGGAUCUCGAAUUUGCAGCCAAAAGGUACAAUCUUUACAGUUUACAAACACAGGGCUUUGAGGCAAAACCGCGAAAGGGGAAGAUGUAUCAAAAUUAAACUACCUUUGUACCUUGCUGGUGGUUUGAUUUGUGAAUGGCAGAGGAACAAUCCUGGUGCACAAAAGUGAUUAAAUCGCUAAUCAUGAGUGGCAUUUUGUAUGAAUCACUAUGUCAAAUUUUUCUUGUUCGCUCUAACCUCAACUGAGUCAUGUUUCUUCAGCUGUACAUUAGAUUGGUGAGUCGUUUAUUUUAUAUCGAUAGCUGCAUGGAAUUCAUGUGUCGAGCAUCCUUAAUUGGCCAUAGCUUCUGAGUCUG